AUGUUACUCGCUUUGCUCCUCGCUAUCGGCUGCGUGGCGGGGACUGUCCGAGCGAUCGGUCAGGAACCCAUUAUCGCUUUCCAGAAUGGAAAGGAUGUUUUCAAGUUAGCCGACAGGAACACCGCUCCGGGUGUUAUCGUGCUUGACGGCAAUGACUGGCCGGGUGUUAUUCGAGCCGCUAGCGAUCUUGCCGUUGACUUUGGACGAGUGACUGGCAUGAACUUCACCAAAGAAUUGGUCAAUAGCACUAAUCCUCACGACGAAUUCCCCGUUCAUGGCAACAACAAGGGUGUGAUCAUUGCUGGGACAAUCGGCAAGUCCCGACUCAUCGAUUCCCUUGUGCAGCAGGGCAAGAUCAAUGUUGAUAAGACAAGGGGCAAAUGGGAAGCCUUUCAAUCGGAGUAUGUACACAAUCCGGUCCCAGGUGUCCCGAGCGCUCUUGUCGUCUCCGGAAGUGACAAGCGCGGAGUCAUCUAUGGCCUCUACGAUAUCUCCGAACAAAUCGGAGUCUCUCCCUGGUACUGGUUCGCCGAUGUUGCUCCUGCCAAGCACUCCGAGAUCUAUGCCCUGAAAAAGAAGAAGGUCCAAGGCCCGCCGUCCGUCAAGUACCGCGGCAUGUUCAUCAACGACGAACAACCAGCCCUAACCAACUGGAUCAACGAGAACUACCCUCCUGCCAAAUACGGCCCCGGCUUCAAUGCUCACUUUUACUCUCGCGUCUAUGAGCUUUUGCUUAGACUUCGCGCCAACUACCUAUGGCCGGCCAUGUGGAACAACGCCUUCUAUGCCGACGACCCUCGCAACGGUGAAACAGCUGAUGAGUAUGGUAUUGUCAUGGGUACAAGCCAUACCGAACCUAUGGCUCGGGCGACCAAUGAGCAGGCUCUCUUCAUGGAGGGACCCUGGAGUUGGGAUACCAACGAAAAGAACAUCACUCAGUUCUUCAAAGAAGGCGUUGAAAGAGCUAAAAACUUCGAUACUCUCUGGACUGAAGGUAUGCGUGGAUUUGGUGAUGAAGCCAGUGAGACUCUUACAGCAGAAUCUCUUGGAAGCGUUGUUCGAGUUCAGCAGAAGAUCCUUUCGGAGGUUCUCAACACCACGGACCUGUCAACCAUCCCGCAGGUCUGGUGCCUGUACAAGGAAGUUGGCCAGUACUUUGAGCAAGGACUGCGUGUCCCCGAUGAUAUUACCCUUCUCUGGGCAGAUGAUAACUGGGGUAACAUCCAGCGGCUGCCUGUGGGCAACGAGACUGAACGGUCUGCUGGCGCGGGCGUUUACUAUCAUUUCGACUAUGUCGGCGAACCACGUGACUACAAAUGGAUCAACACCAUUUCACUCCAAAAGACCUGGGAGCAGAUGCAUCUUGCAUACGAGCGUCAAGCAAAGCAGAUCUGGAUUGUCAACAUUGGCGAUCUGAAAGGGCUGGAACUUCCACUGAACCAUUUCUUUGACCUCGGCUACGAUACACUCAAAUGGGCGUCGCCGGACAGCACUCUUCAAUGGCUGACUCAAUGGGCUGCCCGUGAAUUUGGUGAGAAGGUCUCCAAAGAGGUUGCCGAUAUCAUGGCCCGUUACGGGAUGUAUGCCGCUCGAAGAAAAUACGAACUUGUCGACCCCAACACAUACAAUGUUAUCAACUACAACGAAGCAGAUAACGUGCUAAAUGAGUGGAAGGCCCUUGCCGAUGAUGCUCAGAAGAUCUACAAGGGACUUGAUGCUUCCGUUCAACCUUCGUUCUUCGAAUUGGUUCUGCAUCCCUGCCUGGCCGGUGCGACUGUCAUCAACAUCCAUAUCACCGCGGCCAAGAACAAACUCUACGCCAGCCAGCGCCGAACCAGCGCCAACACCUUGGCAGAGCAAGCCCUGAAGCUUUUCAAAGAUGACUACGCUCUGGCUCAAAGAUAUCAUGAGCUUCUCGAUGGCAAGUGGAACCACAUCAUGGACCAGACACAUCUUGGAUAUAACUACUGGCAACAACCCAUGAGAAAUGUUCUCCCGCCAUUGGCGUAUACCCAAAUCCUGGAAGAAAGCCUGGCUGGAAGUAUGGGAGUCUCAGUCGAAGGAAGCAAUGCAUCGAUCCCGGGCGAUGACCAGUGGCAUUCGCUGUCCUCCAACACUCUGGCCCUGCCACCUCUGGAUCCAUAUGGGCCCAGCAGCCGCUGGAUUGAGGUUUAUUCUCGUGGAACACAGGAUUUCACCUUCACCGUCAGCCCUCAUGACUCUUGGGUCAAGGCAACGCCCUCAACCGGCAAGGUUUCAGCGUCCGGAAACAACACAGAUGUGCGCGUUCAACUGUCCGUCGACUGGUCUAAAGUGCCCGCUGGAUCCCACAUGGCUUCGAUCAAUGUGACUAUUGCAUCGGAAGACUAUGGAAACACUGGCAUGCCCACUGUGCAGCUUCCGGUCAACAACACGUCCGUUCCGGCUGAUUUCCAUGGCUUCGUCGAAUCGGAUGCUACGGUCAGCAUUGAGGCUGAACAUGCUACCCGCAACACCACGACAGAUGAUGCCUCCUACGCCGUCAUCCCUGGGUAUGGUCGUACGCUGUCUGGAGUGACACUGCUCCCCGUCACAGUCGAAACCCAACAGCCGCCAUCCUCCCCCCGGCUCGAGUACGACAUGUAUCUGUUCUCCAACGUGUCUAAUAUUAAGGCUACCGUGUAUCUGGGGCCCUCACUUAAUACCGAUCACAGCCGCCCUCUCAAAUAUGCCAUCGCUUUCAACGACGAUGAGCCUCAGGUGGUUCAGUUUGUUCCUACGACGCCUAUGGGGACUUUGCCCUCGGCCUGGAAUGGAGUGGUGAGCGAUGCAGUGUGGACCAAUACCACCAAGCAUGUUGUGAAGGCUGGCGGUAAUAAGAACACGCUUAAGCUGUGGGCCAUCGAACCAGGUGUUGUGUUCCAGAAGGUGGUUGUCGACCUGGGAGGUGUUAGGCCCAGCUAUCUCGGUCCGCCAGAGAGCAAGAUCGUCUGA